AUGACUCCCCAAGAUCAACAGGAUAGACAAGGAGAUGACAACUUUGAAGGCCUCACUCUCAAAGAUGUCACUCCCAAACGCCCCCCCUUCUACAGGGAUUGGACCCUCAUCAAACUCAACACGCUCCUGCUGUGUGCCCUGCUCACGCAAAUCGCCUCCGGAUACGACAGCAGCAUGCUCAACGGCAUGCAGGCCCUCCCGCAAUGGAACAAAUACUUUGGCAAACCAACGGGCACGCGUCUCGGCGCCAUGUCCUUCGGUCCCACCGGUGGCACGCUGAUCUCCGUGCUCAUCUCCUCGCAGCUCUGCGAGCGCUUCGGCCGCCGCUACCCCAUCUGCGGCGGCUCGCUCAUCAUCAUCGUGGGCUCGAUCAUUCAGGCCGCAGCCGCCAACUACGCCAUGUUUGUGGUCUCGCGCUUCUUCGUCGGCUUCGGGCUGGGCAUCGUGGCUACAGCCGCCCCACCUCUCCUAACCGAAGUCGCCUAUCCCUCCCAGCGAGGCAAGCUCGUCUCUUUCUAUCUAACCACCUGGUCGCUGGGCUCCCUCAUCGCCGCCUGGAUCACCUACGGCACCUUCAAAAUGACCGACUCCAGCUGGAGCUGGCGCAUUCCCAGUGUCCUGCAAUGCUUUUUCUCCCUCAUCCAAGCCGUGCUCAGCCUCUUCGCCCCGGAAUCCCCCCGCUGGCUCAUUUACAACGGCCGCCGCGAAGAAGCCCUCGCCAUGCUCGCCAAAUACCACGCCGACGGCGACGCCUCCUCGCGCCUCGUCCGCUUCGAAAUGGCCGAAAUCACCGCCACGCUCGAAAUGGAGAAGAUGCAGCGCGCCUCCCGCUGGAUGGAGUGGGUAGCUACCCGGGGGAACAAGCACCGCCUGUUUUUGGCACUGUACAUCCCCGCCAUGCUGCAGUGGGCCGGCAACGGGCUUACAUCCUACUACCUCUCCAAAGUCCUCAACACCAUCCAUGUCACCAACCCACACACCCAGCUCAUCAUCAACGCCUGCCUAUCCGUCUGGUCAUUCCUGACAGCCGCCUUCUUCGCGACGCUGGUCGACCGCGCAGGUCGGCGACGGCUGUUCCUCUGCGGGAUGGGCGGGAUGGGCGUCUCCUACGUGAUCUGGACGGUCUGUUCCGCCCUGAACCAGGAACACGGCUUCAAGAAUAAGGGGUACGCAGCUGGCGUGUUAGUCAUGAUCUUCAUGUUCAGUGCCGCGUACCAUGCUUGUUCGCCUGUGGCGCCGACGUACAUCAUGGAGGUGGUGCCGUACUCGCUGCGCGCGAAGGCGAGCAUGAUGUACCAGCUCACGGGCAACCUCGCGGGAAUCUAUAACUCGUUUGCCAACCCCGUGGCGAUGGAUGCGAUUUCAUGGCGGUAUUAUAUCGUCUGGUGCUGUGUGAUUUGCGUGCACUUUGUGUUGAUCUUUUUCUUCUUCCCGGAGACCAAGGGCAAGGGGUUGGAGGAGGUGGCGGAGAUCUUUGACGGGCCGGAUGCGCUUGCUGGGGUUAAUGCUAUGAGGCAGAUGGGGUUGGAUGUGCAUGCUGACAAGGCUGUUGCUGUUAAGGGUGGAGGUGCGAAUGCGCAUGUUGAGAGGGUUGAUGCUUAG